AGGGUAGUUUCCUCCCUGAGAGGGAAUAGAGGAACUCGGCUGGAGGAGGCUCAGCUGCUCCCAGCUGCUCCUCUCAGCUCCCCUCACCACACACACCCCGGGCACCCAAAAGCAGGGAGCAACCCCUCCCCUCCAGGGAUGCAGAAGCCUUCUUGAUACAAGCAGUUCCGCGGAGACUUUUUGCUGACACUUCUGAGGCUUUUUGGAGAAAUUUUGAUGAACCCGUUUUCCAGGCACCUAAACGCCCAGAGGAACUGCUGAGAUGUUCCGACAAGCCUUUUUCUCCACUCUUCUUUGUUUGACUCUAGUUUCUCUCCAUGCUCAGUUGGAAGAGGAGCCUGUUGCCUCCUGUACAGAAAAGACGGACUGCCCCAUCAGUGUGUACUUCAUCAUUGACACCUCAGAGAGUAUUGCUCUGCAGACUGUGCCAAUCCAGAGCCUUGUGGAGCAAAUAAAGCAGUUCAUCCCUCAGUUCAUUGAAAAACUGGAGAAUGAGGUCUACCAGAACCAAGUCUCCAUCACUUGGAUGUUUGGAGGACUUCAUUACUCAGAUGUGGUGGAAAUUUACAGCCCUUUAACAAGAAGCAAAGACACAUACCUCGCCAAGCUGGCUGCUAUUCAGUACCUUGGCCGGGGCACCUUCACAGACUGUGCUAUCUCCAACAUGACACAGCAGUUCCAGAGCCAGGCGGCCCGUGAUGUGAAGUUUGCGGUGGUCAUCACUGAUGGCCACGUCACUGGCAGUCCCUGCGGGGGGAUGAAGAUGCAAGCUGAGAGGGCGCGAGACAUGGGGAUCAAGCUCUUCGUCGUGGCCCCCAGUGAGGACGUCUAUGAGCACGGACUUCGGGAAAUUGCCAGCCCGCCGCACGACCUGUACCGCAGCAACUACAGCAUCACACAGAAGAACGCCCUGACCAUCGACGAGAACACUAUUGAGAGGAUAAUCAAAGCGAUGAAACAUGAAGCCUAUGCUGAGUGCUACAAGAUGAGCUGCCUGGAGAUCACAGGUCCUCCUGGUCUCAAGGGAUUCCGAGGACAGAAGGGUGCAAAGGGAAGCAUGGGUGAACCAGGCUCCCCUGGUAUGAAGGGACAGCAGGGUGACCCAGGUAUUGAAGGUCCGAUCGGAUACCCUGGUCCCAAGGGUGUUCCAGGGCUGAAAGGAGAAAAGGGUGAGAUUGGAUCCGAUGGACGGAGGGGAGCAGCUGGCUUGGCAGGCAGGAACGGCACCGAUGGACAGAAGGGCAAGCUGGGUCGAAUUGGACCACCAGGCUGCAAGGGAGACCGUGGUGACAAGGGCCCUGAUGGCUACCCAGGAGAUGCAGGAGACCAAGGUGAAAGAGGAGAUGAAGGCAUAAAGGGAGAUCCUGGUCGGCCUGGCCGCAGUGGACCCCCAGGACCUCCAGGAGAAAAAGGGAGCCCGGGAAUUCCAGGCAACCCUGGAGCUCAAGGACCUGCUGGAAUCAGAGGAGGAAGAGGUAAUCCAGGACCUGAAGGACCCAAAGGAGAGCCUGGUCGACGUGGAGAUCCAGGGACGAAGGGCAGCAAAGGCAGUCCAGGGACCAAGGGAGAAAGAGGAGAUCCUGGUCCAGAGGGUCCUCGUGGCCUGCCCGGUGAGGUUGGAAGCAAAGGAGCAAGGGGAGACAAAGGACUGGCAGGACCUCGAGGCCCUUCAGGUGCUGUGGGAGAGCCAGGCAAGACGGGAUCACGUGGGGACCCUGGAGACUUGGGCCCAAGAGGAGACGCUGGACCACCAGGACCAAAGGGUGACAGAGGCAGGCCUGGCUUUAGCUACCCUGGACCCAGAGGACCACAGGGUGACAAGGGUGAGAAGGGUCAGCCAGGGCCCAAGGGAGGAAGGGGUGAGCUUGGACCAAAAGGAGCUCAAGGGACAAAAGGAGAGAAGGGAGAACCGGGUGAUCCUGGCCCAGCAGGUGAACCUGGAUCUCGAGGCCCAACUGGUGAAGCAGGCCCAGAGGGGACCCCCGGCCCACCAGGAGAUCCUGGCCUGACUGACUGCGACGUGAUGACCUACGUGCGAGAGACAUGCGGGUGCUGUGACUGUGAGAAGCGCUGUGGUGCCCUGGAUAUCAUGUUCGUCAUAGACAGCUCAGAGAGUAUUGGUUACACCAACUUCACCCUGGAGAAAAAUUUUGUUGUCAACGUGGUCAGCCGGCUGGGCUCUCUUGCCAAGGAUCCUAAGUCGGAGACAGGUGCCCGUGUUGGAGUAGUGCAGUACAGUCAUGAGGGGACCUUUGAAGCCAUCAAGCUUGAUGAUGAGCGCAUCAAUUCACUGUCAAGCUUCAAGGAAGCAGUGAAGCGUCUGGAGUGGAUUGCUGGAGGCACCUGGACACCUUCUGCCCUGCAGUUUGCCUACAACAAGCUCAUCAAAGAAAGCCGUCGAGAGAAAGCCCAAGUGUUUGCUGUGGUGAUCACAGAUGGGCGCUAUGACCCUCGUGAUGAUGACAAGAACCUAGGAGCUCUUUGUGGCAGGGAUGUGCUCGUCAAUACCAUUGGCAUUGGAGACAUAUUUGAUCAGCCGGAACAGAGCGAGACCCUGGUCUCCAUUGCCUGCAAUGAACCCCAGCGAGUGCAGAAGAUGAGGCUCUUCUCAGACCUGGUGGCAGAGGAAUUCAUUGACAAGAUGGAGGACAUGCUUUGCCCAGAUCCCCAGAUCGUCUGCCCUGAGCUGCCCUGUCAGACAGAGCUUGCAGUGGCCCAGUGUACACAGCGCCCUGUUGACAUUGUCUUCUUGCUUGAUGGCUCUGAAAGAAUCGGGGAGCAGAAUUUCCACAGGGCCCACAACUUUGUGGAGGAGGUUGCCCGACAGCUCACACUGGCCAGGAGCAACAACGACAACAUGAACGCCCGGAUCGCACUGCUGCAGUACGGCAGUGAGAGAGAGCAGGACGUGGUCUUCCCACUGACCUACAACCUGACGGAAAUCUCCAAUGCGCUGGCACAGAUCAAGUAUCUGGACUCAUCCUCCAACAUCGGGUCAGCCAUCAUCCACGCCAUCAACAACAUCGUGCUCAGCCCAGGAAACGGGCAGCGGGUUGCCCGGCGCAACGCUGAGCUCUCCUUUGUCUUCAUCACCGAUGGCAUCACGGGAAGCAAGAACCUGGAGGAGGCCGUCAACUCCAUGAAGAAGCAAGACGUCAUGCCCACGGUAGUGGCUCUGGGGAGUGAUGUAGACAUGGAUGUCCUGCUGAAGCUUGGCCUUGGGGACCGGGCAGCCAUCUUCCGGGAGAAGGACUAUGACAGCCUCUCCCAACCCAGCUUCUUUGACAGGUUCAUUAGGUGGAUAUGUUAAUUGAAUAGAGUGCACAUGUCCUCCUCUCACCAGUAUACACACCCCAGAUAUUACCUGUUCUAUUUUCUUCUCUCUGUAUGGUUGCUAGCAACUCUGAGCUGGCCUAGAACAGUGUGUAUGCAGCUGCCCUCUGGGUCCUCCUUUCUGGCCAAAAUUCAGACCUCUCUUUUGAUUUUCAUGAUGAAAAGUCACAUAUCUUACAUUUAUGGUGCUAAUUAAAACCAAGAUCUAAGCAGGAUACAGAGCCAUAUGAAGUAUGUCUGUAAAGCUUUACACACACCAAGCCAUGCCUUGUGUAUGAACUGUUACCCUUGGAGGGCUUCUCAGAGAAGUGAGAAAUGUUUCCAGUUUAGUAGGACAAAUGAUCAUCUCUAGUGUACAAAAACUCCCCAUCUCCUUGAGCAUCCUUUGAGGAGAUUUAUAAUUGUGCCAUCACCCAUUUUUUUAGCAAGCCCUUUUCCCAAUUAUAUCAUCCUUUUUGUCCUCUUGGGAUUUCUGCCCCUGAGAGGACUGGGCAAGUUUCUGACACAUCCUGUGCUGCUUGAAGCGCUCAGUGACUUGCUUUUCUUUUGCAUGGCCCUUGGUUGUUUGCUCCUUUUUCCUAGGAGCAAUGGGAUGUUUAGAAGUUUUGCUGCCUUCAACAGCUGUCUGCAGGUGCUCCUUUUGGUGCUCUAUCAAUCCUAAAUUUCACAGGUCAGCUUAAAGACCUUCAUUCUCCUUCACUUCUUUCAGCCAUUCCAGCUUUCACCAGAACCUGUUCAUUUAUUACAGCACCCAAAAUACUGGCUGAGAGGGGCAGCAUGCCUCCCAGCAACUCACAGAAUACUGUGCAGCACGUGGAGCUGCCUUCGUGUCAUCCCAGAGUGCUCAAAGUAACUAUGGUGCCUUCUUCCCACCAGUAUCUCCUGAACAAUACCCAGAUUUGAACUUGAAUUGUGCUGCCUGCAAAAAUAAACAAAUAAACUCUUUUCACCCUAUUUUGAAAAA